CAUCAGCUCUGAUGGCUUCAAAAGAAUCCUGAAAGCGCAUGGUUGUCUGUCGUUGCUGGUGGUUCUGAAGGACGAAGAUCCAAAGGCGUCCUCACAGAUACCGGGACAUGUAACAACAGCGUUGUUCAUCUUGUGCAUUACUCUACAAUAAGGAAUCUGAUGUAUUACAGUAGUACCAUUGCUUUCAUCCUUCUACAAGCGCAAAGCAAGGUUCAUUGAUAGGCUUCCAUUCUUCCAAAAGCCCCCCUCGAUCAAGUCCCAACGUAGAGCAGCAUUAUCAUGUCUAUUCAAGCCAGCACAUUCCUCCGUGGCGUCGCAUCCAUGCCGCUCUUGUCGGGCGCCGCGAUUCUGGCCAUGGGCCUGCAAGUUAUCCCAGCCGACCCUCAAAUGUCGGCCGUGGCAAAUGUGUUUAUCGAAGGAAUCCUGCCUCUGUCUACUUUUCUUACCAUGCUGGGUGCCGGCAAAAUGAUGGCAGCUUUGAGCUUGUGGGGCUAUGGGCCAAUGCCGCAUGAUCUUGCCGUUGUAGGAUUGUCCAUUCCACCGCUCUGUGCCAUGUAUGGCCACGCUGUUGCGGAGGGUGCUGCAGCAGCGCUUCCUCCCGCCAUUUACUUGGCUUUGUUGGCUGCCUAUUUUGUAAAGAACAAGGAACAAUCCAAUACUAGUGAUGGCAAGAAGGACGAGUAGACGGUUGUUGUGGAGUUGCAGCUGUGUGCUUUGCAGCAUGGCAGAGAAUGAAUCCCUGUCUAGAUUUAUUUAUUUGAAUAUGUCCACUUUCUGGUCGCAUUGAUUGCCAUAAAUGCUACCAGAAGCAGCCACCUGAGGAGCAUUGGGCUGGUGGACAGCCCAAGCUACCAGUGACAACAUCUCCUAGCUAGAACACCUAAAUAGCAAACUACCAAGGUCUACAACCAGCUAGCUAGAUCGCAACAUCUAUCACAAGUCUGGGAUUGAGUUCUGGCUUUGUCAUUCAUGUCCGCCU